AGCCUGUUUUUGGCAUACAGUACUUUAUAUAGCCUAGUAGGCCUAUACUCUGGAGAAGCGACACGUCGAUUGUGAUUAGCCUGCUGGUGGUGGAAGUUGGGCUAAAAUGCCUUGUUUUGUGCGAUUGGUGUCGUAUCUGGUUGUUUUAUCAGCUAAUGUUAUUGCUGAGGAGAUAAGUAGUGCUAGCAAAUGUGCAGACUUGGGCUUUUCGUCAAACCUGCUGUGCAGUUCGUGUAAAAGCUUGGCAGAUUUCAAACUUGACAGUUUAGUAGACAGCUGUAAAGAAUGUUGCGAGCAAGAUGAAGAUGAAGCAAAGAAAUACCACAGUGCAGUAUUAGAAGUGUGUGGAUGAAAAUUGGGGAGAUUUCCACAGAUCCAAGCUUUUAUCAGGAGUGAUAAAGUUAAGCAGUUUCAAAACCUCAAGAUCAAGUAUGUAAAAGGAGCUGAUCCUAUCAUCAAAUUCCAUGAUGAGAACCAAAAAGUUCAGGAAACGCUCGGCAUCGAGAAAUGGAACACGGAUACUGUGGAAGAAUUCCUACAAAACCGUUUACACAUGGUUUAGACAGCAACAUAGCACUGUACUGUUCCAGUAAUAUCAAUUAAUAUUCAAACUAUCGUAACAAAAUCUACUUAAAUCACUGAAUAGUGACAUACAGUAAGACAAUGGACACAUCCAGCUUCCUUUAUAAAAAAAAAAAUGACCAUGUAGCAAGAUAUUGAGAUGAUGCUUACUUGGUGUAGGUAAUCUUCAGUGAUUGGUGCCUGUAUAGUAAACUAUGUUAAGCAAAGAUUCAACCAUUUCUAAUAAAUGUAAUUAUUAGUCAAUUGUAAUACCAUAAUUUGAUCUAAUUGCAAUUUUCCUAUUCCCAUUCCUGUGCACUAUUUGACAUCUAUUUGUAUACAAAGGCCAAUUUUUGACACAAUGCAUACUAUUUUAUUUUGGAUUUUGUUUAAUCUUAAGGAAUGAACCAGAAGAUGUCAAAAUCAGUGUACUAAAGAGACAUAUUUGCAUACAAAAUUCCCCUUGGCUUUGCUGCAGUGGGCCUAGGGAAAGAUUUUAUGUUUUUUGUGCACUAAUGUACCAAUAAUGCAUGGAAAACUGUUAUAUUAAUGGCUUAUUACUGUUUCAAUCACUGAUUUAUUAAAACAUUCGUUUAUAUAGAACUACCAUAACUAAAACAUAAAUUAAUUUGUCUAUUGUAUAGUCGGAUCUUAUUACUGUACAUUAGACAAAUAAUUAGGCUGGAAUGUCUACAUUUUCUGGCAACUAUUAAUCUGCUUAUGAAUUUCUUGUAAUUAAACUUCUUAGUAAUUGUUGAUGAAAUUGUUGAUUCUUUGCCCGAUGUUCAUAGUCAAGUUGGAUACAAGUGUAUUAAUGAUGGGUCUUGGCUAAACCUGGAUGGGGGUCAAGACUUUGAUAAUACUUACACUUGCCCAUGGCAAUCAAUAUGAAGUUUAUUCAUUAAAAAAGAUGUUUACUAAUA